AUGUCAGGUCGUGUUAUAGGGUCAGUGGCGGCACUGGCUGAAACAAAAAUACCGGAUUCGGGUGUUUGCGUAGUAAAUGGAUAUACGUUCAUAUAUUCAGGUUCACCUUCUCAAUUAUUAUCAAAAUCUGCAUACGGGGCAGCUGUAUGUUUGGGUCCUGAAGCUACUAAUGCUUGGAAGGACUCAGGUGCUCAAUGGGAAGCAGUGAGUUCAAGAAGUGUAACUGUACGUAUUGAAUGUCGACCUGUACCAGUCACCAUCAUAGCUGUUUAUGCACCCAUAGAUCCCUCGAAUGAAGUAAAAAAUGAUAUUGAAACUUGUGACGAGUUCUAUAAAAUUCUAUAA